AUGUCUUCGCUGAUAGACUGGCUUGUCGAAAAUGAACCCGCAUUUCGCAAAACCCGUCUUCCGUCCCUCUACUCCGAUCUCGCCGUCCAGAAGACAUCGAACCCCGAAGGCUACGCCGCCAAUGUGACAGCAUGGCAAGCUGCACUCACGCGCGCGGCGCUGGCCGGCCAACUUCCCUUCGAGCAGCGGCUGAUCCUCCAGACGUCCGACGACCUGCUUAACGCGCUCGCCAGCCCGCAUUACGGUCGGCCCUCGGGGCUGGGAUGUGUACUCGAUGACUGUGUUCGGCACGGCAAGAUGAUAGACUUGCAAGACUUCCUCGUCAGCGAGAAGAGCAUUUACAACCGUUCGUGGCUUCCGAGCCCGUGGGCCAUCUUGCGCUGGAGUCUACGCCAGGUCGGCAUUGUGGGAACCGCCAGCUACGAGGUACCGGGUGGUCGAUUGAAGAAGGGUGGUCUUGUGCUUGUUCCGGCGCUGGAGGAGGUCUGGAAGAAGAUGCAGGUGCUGCAAGACACACAGACACAGAGUCUUACGGAUAGAAUUGUGAGCAGGGAUCUGUUUCUCAAAGAAAUGAACAGCCUCUUCUCAGGCCCCGUCUCCCUGUCCGAUCAGGAUAUCAAUGUCCUGCUACGGUACUUGGCUCGCGACAAGCAUGCCCUCAGCUAUGACGAUACCACGAUCAAAUUCAAGUCUCCUGCGGCGCCGAUGCCCGAACCUAUCACACAGGAAGACCACUCGAUCGCAUCUUUAAAGACGUUGAUCGCGAAUCUGAACAGCCAGAUUGAGAAUUUAACCAGCCGCAUCUCCACGCUUCAGAGCAAUGCGCAAAUAGCUGUCAAAACUGGCAACAAGGCUUCCGCGCUCUCUGCGCUGCGGUCGAAGAAACUUGCCGAACGGUCCCUACAGUCGCGUAUCGACACGCUGCAUCAGCUGGAAGAAGUGUACACCAAGAUCGAGGCCGCCGUGGACCAGGUAGAAGUGGUGGCGGCAAUGGAGGCAAGCGCCGGAGUGCUGAAGACCCUGAACAAGAAAAUCGGUGGUGUAGAGAGGGUCGACGACGUAUUGGACUCGCUGCGCGAGGAAAUGAGCAAGGUCGACGAAGUCAGUGGCGUGGUAGCGGACCCCCUCGCUGGAAAUGCCGUCCUAGACGAGGCGGAGGUCGAUGACGAGCUUGAGAAUAUGGAGCGCGAGGAGCGGAUCAAGCGCGAAGAGAAGUCGCGCGAGCAGAAGAAGAAACUCGAGAUACAAGAGGCCGAAGUCACGAGAAGACGACUGGCCGAGCUGGAAGGGCAGCCAGCUGCGCAGGCUCCAAGUACAGAGUCCGAAAAGAACAAGGAGAACAUGCAAAUAGCCGACGUCGACUUGGAGCGAUCAUUGUCCUCAAGUAUCGACAAACUUCAGAAGCUAGAUAUCGAUGGUCUGCAACACCGACAGAACGAAGACCAGCAACAUCAACAGCCACAGAAGGUUGCAGAAGGAACAUGA